AUGGCAGCGCAACAAUCACCCUCGGGCCCGCUGCCUCGCCACCAUUCUUAUGCGGGCCCAGGUCGUCCGCCGCCGACUGCUGGCAUGCCCAUCCAGCAGCCUCCACCGCCGCCCCAACAAGCCAAGUCCGUGUCGCAAUACCUGGCGGCAACAAAUGAGUCGGUAUGGCUACAGCUGGGCAACCUCUCAGAAGUCAUGGGCGAGCUCGACGGCGCGACACAAGCAUAUGAACGCGCCAUGAACUUCAACCAAUGGUCGGUGCAGGCUAUGCUCGCCAUAUCUUGCAUCCUGCGCUCCAAAGACCAAUUCACAUCCGCUGUCGAGUAUCUGCGACAGAUUCUCAAGGUCGAGCCGUCCAAUGGCGAGGUGUGGAGUAGUUUAGGACACUGCUACCUGAUGAUGGACGACCUACAGCAAGCGUACUCUGCAUACCAACAAGCAUUGUACCACCUGCCAGACCCCAAGGAGCCCAAGCUCUGGUAUGGCAUAGGCAUUCUCUAUGACCGCUACGGAUCGUUGGAGCACGCCGAAGAAGCGUUUUCGCAGGUCAUGCGGAUGGAGCCCAACUUCGAAAAGGCCAACGAGAUCUACUUCCGUCUUGGUAUCAUAUACAAGCAGCAGCAGAAGUUUGCGCAGAGUCUUGAGUGCUUCCGUUACAUCGUCAAUGAUCCGCCACGUCCACUGAGCGAAGAAGACAUCUGGUUCCAGAUUGGCCACGUGCAUGAGCAACAAAAAGACUACGACUCUGCAAAGGCCGCCUAUACUCGCGUCCUUGAGCGUGACCCGACGCACGCCAAAGUCUUGCAACAGCUGGGCUGGCUCCAUCAUCAGCAGAGCACAAGCUUCAGCAGCCAAGAACAGGCCAUCGAAUAUCUGGAAAAGUCUGUCAAUUCUGACCAAACCGACGCACAAAGCUGGUACUUGCUUGGUAGAUGCUACAUGUCACAGCAAAAGUACCCGAAAGCAUAUGAAGCCUACCAACAAGCUGUCUAUCGUGACGGCCGCAACCCAACCUUCUGGUGCUCCAUUGGUGUCCUGUACUACCAGAUCAACCAGUAUCGAGACGCUCUCGAUGCAUACUCUCGCGCCAUUCGUCUGAACCCCAACAUAUCUGAGGUUUGGUAUGAUCUUGGUACCCUGUACGAGUCGUGCAACAAUCAGACUAGCGACGCUCUCGAUGCAUACACCAGAGCGGCUGACUUGGAUCCUACCAACCAGCACAUCAAAGCUCGACUCGCUUUGCUCAAGGGCCAGCCGACGAACGGUCUGCCCAACCAAGGGGGUGCACCUCUACCCCAAGAUGUCCACCCACAAGCAUAUCAGCCUGGUGCCCUUGGAGGAGGCCCACCCGGCCCUCAAUGGGGUGCACAUUCGCAGAACCCGCCCCCACCAGGCCCAGCGCCUCCACCGCUUGCUGCUGGAGGCAACUGGGGUGGCAACCGACUCGCCGAUCUCCAAAACCCACAGAUGCAGCCACAGCCGAUGAAUCCAUAUGACCAGAGAGAUCGCCCACCCCAGCAGCAACAACAGGCGCCACCUCAGCAACAGCAGCAGCCUGCACAGCCGCAACCACCACCCCUUCGCCAGCAAAGCCCGCCACCACCUCGCCAGUAUCAGGACCAGCCAACGCGCCCACCGCCUCCGCCACACCGAGGUCUCUCGCCAUCGCCAAAGGGCCAGCACUCUCUUCCCGCGCAGUAUCAGCCAGGACCACCGCAUCAAGGGCAGCCACCUGCUCCUCAGCAUCCGGGCCCCCCUCCGCAACAGCAGGAAACACCUCGUCCUGGUUACACUUCUCAGCCUUCGAAUGGACCGCCACCGCCUCCUUCAAACGGCAUGUCGACGCCGUCGGCUCAAAACGCUUUGCCACCGUAUGCUCGUCAGCCAGAAGCCCAGCCUGAGAUUCGUCCAUUGGUAGGCAAUCCAGCUCCCUCGCCCAGCGCUGGACAGUACCCCAGAACGCCUUAUGAGCACCAUCCCAAACCUGGAGCACCCAGUAUUGCCAGUGGUGCACCAGCCCCGACUUCUGCUCAGCAAGCUGCCGAUGCCGCUGCGCGUGAGAGGGAAGACAGACCACCAAGCACUGCUCCCAAGAGGCUCCGCGAGUGGGAUGACGAUCCGAAUCUGAAUGCAUCCAAGAAGCCCACAACUGAGGAGGGUCGGUCGAGACUGGAUGAGAUCAAGAUGCAGCGACCUUCGCCGCCAGAGAAGAUUGGCACUCCUCCACAUCACAGCCCAUCGGAGCUCAGGCGGCCUGACGAGCAGCAGCGACCUACGUCCGCGUAUCACCCAUCUGAAGCUGCGCACCAUCCACCGUCUCUCCCAUCGAUGCAAUCAAUCACGCAGCAAUCGCCUCGAAUGUCGACACCGCCACAAGAAGAGCAACGCGCACCUCCGCCUCCUCCACAGCCAGCUCCAGUCUAUGAACCUGCAGCUCGAAAGAUGGAGAUGGACGAGAACUAUGACGACAGCGGCGAUGAGGAGAAGCGGUCGGCCACAAAGCAAGAAAGCCAACGAAACAGCCCAAAGGCUCCGAACGGCGCGCCAACAACGGCACCAGCUGCCGGACCCAUCGAGCAGCAGGCAUAG